AUUGCCAGCUCAUCUAACAACAGCAGCGUUACCCAGGGACUCAGCCUGUAAAGCUCCAGCCAGAAUGACCGGGGGCCACGGCAAGACGCCGCAGCCGGAGCCCAAGGAAAGCAGCACCGUCGAGGGUGUGCCCUCCCGCUCCAACUACGGGGCGGAGCACACCGCCGCCAUGCCGCGGGAGGAGGGAGUGGACGUACCCCGCCGGGUGGUGCCCAUGGCGGCGAGGGACGAGCGCCACAUGCGGCAGGACCUGGGCCGCGACCCGCAGGACAUAUUGCAGCGGGAGCGGGCGAACCAGCAGGCGCGGCAGCAUCACCAGCAGGCGCUGCAGGCGGCGGCGCCCGGCAACAGCCUGGAAGAGAUGGCGGCGGGCGACCCCGGACGCAAGUCGCCCGGGCGGCGCCAAGCGGAGACCACUCCGCCCGACUUCGUGAACGACAAGUUCAAGGAGGUCGCGUACCGGGACGCCCCUGAGGCGCGCCUGUUCGAAGACGAGAACAAGCUGUAGAUCAGUGGCUGCUGGGCGUGGGCACGCGCGCGUGCGUGUGUGUACCGGUACAUACAUGUAUAUUAGAGAUGCUCAAGACUGGAGAAACCGCGUGCGCACGGUGUCAUGUCUGUGAGCGGCGUGACAAGUCACAGGUAGGCUUGUCGUGCUUGCUGCUGAGGUGAUGACCGGGGCAGUAGCUGUGGCUGUGGCUACGACUGUGGCUAUAGCAAUGCACACACACACAC